CCAGUGACAAACGUUUUGUUAGCGCUUGUUUUAUAAAGUAAGGUUAUUCAUAACUAAGAGAUACUUAUAGUACUUUUAAGUAAAAAAACAACUACAAAAAUGUCUUUCAAGCCGCAAAAAAUACAAAAAGUGAUGGUUCAACCCAUCAACUUGAUAUUCCGAUUUCUGCAGAAUCGUUCCCGAGUACAAGUUUGGUUAUAUGAAAAUAUAAACUUGCGUAUUGAGGGUCACAUCAUUGGCUUCGACGAAUAUAUGAAUCUCGUAUUAGAUGACGCUGAAGAAGUUCAUAUGAAAACCAAAAACAGAAGACAACUUGGAAAAUUAAUGCUGAAAGGAGAUAAUAUAACAGUGAUCCAGGAUACAGCACCACCGAGUUAAACGAUAAAAUAAACAGUUUUAAGUGUAAUAUAAGUUAACGUAUUUUCAAAUCGUAAUAUAAACUCUUUUGUAA